AUGCAAUCCACAAAAUCUCGGCGGAAAGUGGCUCCGUCCGCCGCGGAAAGCGCAGACUCGGCUGAAAAACUCGACCAACUGCUCCUCUCCUCGGCCAUCUGCAACGGCGAGGAUGUGGGCCCAUUUGUCCGCAAGGUCUUCACUUCCGGCAAGCCCGAUACGUUGCUCCAGCACCUCCGCCACUUCGCUCGAUCCAAGGAGUCUGAAAUCGAGGAGGUCUGCAAGGCCCACUAUCAAGACUUCAUCCUUGCCGUCGAUGACCUCCGAUCCCUCCUCUCCGACGUCGAUUCCCUCAAGUCUUCUCUCUACGAUUCCAACACCAAGCUUCAGUCGGUCGGCCUCCCUCUUCUCUCCUCCCUCGACGCAUUCGUCGAAGCCCGAAACGUUUCCCGAAACGUCAACCUAGCGCUCGAAUCGGUUCGAAACUGUAUUCGUUUGAUGGAGCUUUGUUCCCGAUCCAAUUACCAUCUCUCCAGCAGCAACUUCUACAUGGCGCUCAAGUGCGUCGACACCAUCGAGUCCGAGUUCCUAGACAAAACGCCGUCGUCUACGCUCAAGCGGAUGCUGGAGAAGAAGAUUCCAGAGAUUCGGUGGCAUAUCGAACGGAAGGUCAGCAAGGAGUUCGGCGAUUGGCUGGUGGAGAUCCGCGUGGUGAGUCGGAACCUUGGUCAGUUGGCGAUCGGUCAAGCUUCCUCGGCGAGGCAACGAGAGGAGGAUCUGAGAAUCAAGCAACGCCAAGCUGAGGAGCAGAGCCGCCUCAGCCUCAGAGACUGCGUCUACGCUUUGGAAGAAGAAGACGAAGAUGGACUCGGCGAGCCUAUCAUAUUCACCAGACUCUAG